AUGGCAGGCCAGCUGUUGAGUUUGAAAGUCUUGGGGCUCGCUGCACUGCUGACAUUCCUAGCUCUUACAGUUUUGACUUAUCGUUUUGUUCUAACAGAAGUGUCAGGUGAUGUCAAGAAGCUUCACAAGAUCUUGAGAAAAAGAGAUGUGGCAGGAGUUGCUCCACCUGCAACCGCCCUCAAGGCCUCCGUGGCUGUAUCUCCCUCCAAAGCUCAGGAGUUUCUGGCUAAACUAAGCCGAACCAAGAGGAACAUUUGGGACCGUAGCAGACCAGAUGUACAACAAUGGAUUAUGCAGUUUAUGUACAUGGGUUACGAUGAGCAGAGGCUGGAAGCGGACCUGUCCUACUGGAUGGACCACGCACGCUCUAACGACCACGGACGUCAGCAUCACUACGACGAGAACGCGCCCAUCGGUCCGCGUGACUCAAAUUCCUACCGACAUGGCGCCAACGUCAACUAUGACUACUAUUAG